GCAUACUGCAACAAGUUUUGAUUAGAGUUGACGAUACUACAAUUUGUACACACUUUCACAUCCCAGAUACGGAACACACCAUAUAAGAAUAUCCUUCGGUUAUCAGGUAUUCCAGUAGCAGGUAGUAAAGCCAUGGAGAACGACACUGUUUUGCAAUGGUGGACUUUCUUCCUAACAUUUGUUCUUCUUAAAGAUGGAGCGUACGGACUAUUGCCUAAAACUACAGAGUCGUGUCAGGUAGGAAAUGCGAGUGUGAAAUUACAGCAGAACCUGGCCAAAUUAUUGGAAUUCUCUUCAAAGUUAAAAACGGUUUCAGAGCCCUUAUACAGAGAACAUCAGACUUUGGUUGUGUCUCUGGUGAAGUUGAUAGGAUUACCAGGAACAAAGGCGGAAGAAAUUUGUCGGCUACAUCCUUCUUUGAUAUUUCCACAUCCGGUCGAAUGCCAGUUAUACUACAACUGCUCCUUGACGUACACCAACAUUCCAAUCCACUUACAACAACAUUUACAGGAAUGUCGAUAUCCAGAUGUCUUCUCCACACAAACACGUCAGUGUGAGAACUUCACCGAGGUUUGUUGUGGAGUAAGAAAAGUACUGAAGGACAAGUGUGAUUAUAGAGGACAGUUAAACAGUUCAUCCACAUGCAAAUGGCAGAAUUCUAGUUGUAGUGGAAAAACAGACGGAUAUCACCAAGGAUACCAAGGGCCAAACUCGUACAUCAAUUGUUUUAACGAACGAUUAAUGAGCAAAGGGACAUGUGAAGAUGACGUUUUAUGGGAUAUAUACAAGAUUCCUUACAAUGGAAAAUGUACUAACCCUUUCGCGGUUCCAUUCAAAGAAGGUGGAUUCCUUUCAAGUUGCGAAGGAAAACCAGACGGGAAUUAUCGCUUUGAGCAUGACAGAUAUUACAUGCAACAGGAAUAUCAUUUUGAAAUCGGUAGACAAUGUGAUGCUUUCUAUCGUUGCCAAGGGGGCGUGGCCACUGCUGUCAAAUGUCCCCGUGGCUCUGUGUUUGAAUCCCAAAGUAAAACGUGCAAAGCUGGGAAUCACUCUAUCGAAUUAGGAUGUCAACUAUACUGUAACCCAAACGUCAAAAUGUCGAACGGAUUUCCAAAUAAUUUGGCAGAAUGUCCCUAUCCAGAACAAUUUUCAGAGAGCACUCAGCGAUGUGAAAAUUUUACAAAGGUCACAUGUGGUUCCCGCCCGCAUAUUAAGGACUUCUGCAAAUACUGGGUGAAGUUGUUCAUGAGUCGACGCAUGGGAAUCUGCGAGGAAUUUCACUUGAGCUGUGCAGGAUUACCUGACGGAUUCAACGAACAUGCGGUCAUGGGACCCGGCCCGUUUUACAUUCGCUGUCUCCAAGAAAGAUUGAUAGGGAAAGGAAGGUGUCCAAUGGACACCGAAUGGGAUACACAAACAUUCCCAUACAACGGUAAAUGUACACACCGGUUUGCUAUCCCAGAGUCUCAUCACGGCAUCGGUCUCCUCCCUGACUGUUCUGAAACAUCGGACGGCAACUACCAAUAUCCCAACAGACCGUGUGAUGUUUACUACAGAUGUGACGGAGGCAAUGCAACUGCCGUCAAAUGUCCGUCAUAUACAAAUUUCGACGUAAGGAGUGGAACAUGUAGAAACGAUGUCAUUUGCUCUGGGUGAUGAUAUCCAUUUACGUUAUUUGUUUGUAAAAUUAAAAAGUUCAAGACAGAUAAAAA